GCUGUAAUUAGAGCCUAAUGGCAGUGGGCAGUUGUACUACCUAACCCAAUAAUUAGAAUACCAAAUACUUAUUCUAGAGAGAGAGAGAGAUGGAAGAGAGCAAGAGAGAAGUAAAUCACAGACUGCUUAUAAAGUUCAAGGAAGGCGUAACUGAGGAAAAGAUUGAAGAAUGCAUCAAACAGUUUUGCAAAACUGUUGAUCUUAUUCCUUCAAUCAUGGACUUCCAAUGGGGUAAAGGGAUGGGCAUCGUAAACCUAAACCAAGGCUUCACUCAUAUCUUUGAAUUGACAUUUGAAAGUGCAGAAGCCGUUGUUGCGUAUAUUUCAAGUCCACUUCACAGUGAAAUUGCAAGCUUGUUGGAGCCGCUAAUGGAGAAGUUCGUUGUCAUUGAUUUCCAGCCUCAAAAACUCUAUUAAUUCCUAAAUUAAAUAUGUCACUAAUUAAGUUUUUAUUUAUGCAAACUAUCUAUGUUUUCAUGUCGAUGGAUCUUUUUGUUUCGUAUAUGCUUUCAUGAUUGCAUUUCCUAUAAUUUGGUUGUGGAGCUUCUUCUUCUGAAAUAAUGCUAUUGAGAAAUGAACAAGUUUUCAUACA